CUGUGGCAACUGACAGCGCCUCCCAGCCUUGCAGGCCGACUCAGGCAGCCGGUCGGUGGGUCUGGGCACUGCGGCAGCCCGGGCCAGGUCUGGGAGGAAAGUGGUGUCCUCGCUCAGAGCGAGCCUCUCUCUCCACCUUCCUCCUUUCUCCAUCUCUGUGUACAGCCUGGCUGUUUCUUUUGCUUUGCUCUGCUUUGCUUUGCUUUGCUUUUUUUUUUUUUUCUCUCUUCUCCUCUUUUCUUUUUAUUUAUUUAUUUAUUUUACAUAAUUAUAUUUUCUAAUCCUGGAUGAAGUUGCUGGAUUCCGCAGUCCAAGUCUUCAUGAACAAGCCGCACCGCUCAGAGAUUUCCCGGCAUUCAGAGGUCACAGAACUGCCACUAUGGUUAAAUGUCUUGUUUAAUGGUUGAGAGGUGUGGCGAAAUCUUGUUUGAGAACCCUGAUCAGAAUGUCAAAUGUGUUUGCAUGCUAGGAGAUGUACGACUAAGGGGUCAGACAGGGGGUCCUGCCGAACGCCGGGGCUCCUACCCAUUCAUUGACUUCCGCCUUCUUAACAAUACAACACACUCAGGGGAAAUUGGCACCAAGAAAAAGGUGAAAAGACUGUUAAGUUUCCAAAGAUACUUCCAUGCAUCGAGGCUGCUUCGUGGAAUUAUCCCACAAGCCCCCCUCCACCUGCUGGAUGAAGACUACCUUGGACAAGCAAGGCAUAUGCUCGCCAAAGUGGGAACGUGGGACUUUGACAUUUUCUUGUUUGAUCGCUUGACAAAUGGAAACAGCCUGGUGACACUGUUGUGCCACCUCUUCAACACCCAUGGGCUCAUUCACCAUUUCAAGUUGGAUAUGGUGACCUUGCACCGGUUUUUAGUCAUGGUUCAGGAAGAUUAUCAUGGCCAAAACCCCUACCACAAUGCCGUUCACGCAGCCGAUGUCACCCAGGCCAUGCACUGCUACCUGAAGGAGCCAAAGCUGGCCAGCUUCCUCACACCUCUGGACAUCAUGCUUGGACUACUGGCUGCAGCAGCACAUGAUGUUGACCACCCAGGAGUGAACCAGCCAUUUUUGAUCAAAACCAACCACCAUCUUGCCAACCUGUAUCAGAAUAUGUCUGUGCUGGAGAAUCAUCACUGGCGAUCUACAAUUGGCAUGCUCCGAGAAUCUAGGCUUCUUGCUCACUUGCCAAAGGAAAUGACACAGGACAUUGAACAGCAGCUGGGCUCCCUCAUCUUGGCCACGGACAUCAACAGGCAGAAUGAAUUUCUGACGCGAUUGCAAGCUCACCUCCACAAUAAAGACCUGAGACUGGAAGACAUACAGGACAGACACUUUAUGCUUCAGAUCGCCCUGAAGUGCGCUGACAUCUGCAACCCCUGUAGGAUCUGGGAGAUGAGCAAGCAAUGGAGUGAAAGGGUCUGCGAAGAGUUCUACAGGCAAGGUGACCUUGAACAGAAAUUUGAACUGGAAAUCAGUCCUCUUUGUAAUCAACAGAAAGAUUCCAUCCCUAGUAUACAAAUUGGUUUCAUGACCUACAUCGUGGAGCCGCUCUUCCGGGAAUGGGCCCGCUUCACCGGGAACAGUUCGCUGUCCGAGAACAUGCUGAGCCACCUGGCGCACAACAAGGCCCAGUGGAAGAGCCUGCUCUCCAAGCAGCACCGGCGCGGCGGCGGCGGCCAGGAACCCGCAGGCCCGGGCCUCGAACCCGCGGAGCCGGCCGAGGCCCACGCGCCCUAGCAGCCCACGCCCUCC